CUCUAUGAGUCAACCUGCUGCUCUUCCUUCUUAUAACCCGCUCAGCAGUCUGACGGCAGCUGCCAUUUUUUCUCUGCUGCCUCUUUCCUUCACACAUCACAAGCACAAUGGCAUCUGGAGUCCAAGUCGAUGACCAAGUGAAGGACAUCAUCAGUGACAUGAAAGUGGUGAAGAGCGACGCGGAUGCAAACGAGCGCAUCAGAAUUGUGGUCUUGGAAAUCAAAGAGGGUUUUAUCAAAGUGGAGAACAUCUUCAGAGAAAAGGAUUUGAGUGGGGAGGACGACAUCUUCAAGUUCUUCUUGAAUCAGCUGGACAAGGAGAAGUGUCGCUACCUGCUGUACGACUGCCACUUUGAGACCAAGGAGUCGAGCAGGAAAGAGGAGCUGGUCUUUGUGAUGUGGGCUCCUGAAACUGCACCCAUAAAGUCCAAAAUGCAAUACGCUAGCUCAAAAGACUCGCUUAAGAAGGUCUUGACAGGCAUCAAACACGAGCUGCAAAUGAACGACCUCUCAGAUUACGGCACCAGGGACCAAUUUGCAGCAAAGAUCAGCAAAAACGUUAUCAAAGUUGAAGGCCAUGAUGUCAAAUAAAAUCAAAUCCUGCUUUUGAAAAGCCAAAUCUGAUCACAACAGUUUCUAAUCUUUUGAUUCAGUUUGUUUAAUCUGGUCUCUUAAAUAAAAUAAAAUGGGGGCAGGAUGAAGGUAUCAUAUCCUUCUUGUUCGUCUAAAGUUCUGUACAUAUGGUUAAAUUGAUCUGGGUACAUAUGUUGUAAAAUACCUUUAGGUUCACAAACUCAGUAUGACCAGGCUUACAGUAUCUGCAUUUUUAUAGACUAUUACACCAUGGCCACUAGGAAAUACUGUACAUCUUUGUAUCUAAAAGUUACAAGAAAAUAAGUCAAUUAUCAAAUAAAAUAAGUGAAACAA